AGAAGCUCUCCGACUCGGGCUCAGCAGUCAGCACCGGCCUCAAAGCCGAGGUCGACCCGCCUCUUCCGCUAAGCAUUUCCACCCCACGCUUCAGUCAAUCGCAUCUCCAUUUACAGAUAUUUAUACAUUUCGAAGCUCUGUUAUAGAAAUCCCACAGCCGGUGAGCCAUUGGCUCCUCAUAAACUCCGUCUUGCCCACUCUUUUCCACCCCUCUCUGCGGAUAACUCAAGCCGAACAUCCCUCCUCACCCGCCAUGUUUACCGGACUUGUAGAAACCAUUGGGACGGUCUCGUCCCUUGAGCCCCUCGACACCACAGCAAGCGGAGGCGGGGGCACAUCUCUAACCAUCACCGAUUGUGAGACUAUUCUCACUGAUGUGCAGCUGGGAGACAGUAUUAGUGUCAAUGGAACCUGCCUGACUGUCACGGCCUUUGAAAAAUCAUGGUUCAAAGUCGGAGUCGCCCCGGAAACUCUCCGCCGUACAAACCUAGGCGCCCUAACGGAAACUUCUCAAGUCAACCUCGAGCGCGCCGUGAAAGGCGAAACCCGGAUGGGCGGACACAUGGUGCAGGGUCACGUCGACACAAUUGCGAAAAUCAUUGCCACCACGCCUGAUGAGAAUUCGUUGGUUCUCCGUCUUCAACCCCGCGAUCUUACUACUUUACGGUACAUUGUUGAAAAGGGUUUCAUUACGCUUGACGGAGCCAGCUUGACGGUUACGCAGGUGAAGGAUGGAGAGGACGGAUGGUUUGAGAUCAUGCUUAUUGCAUAUACGCAAGAGAAGAUUGUAACAGCCGCAAAGAAGGUUGGGGACUUUGUGAAUGUGGAAAUUGAUGUCAUGGCAAAGUAUGUUGAGAAGGGAAUCGAGGCCUAUUUUGCUGGUACAGCAGGGGGUAAUAUGAGCAUUUUGGAGAAGAUGGUUGAGCGGAUAGUCGAGGAGAAGCUAAAGCGAUAGUUUGAAAUGAAGCAGAAAAGAAAGCUCGGAUAUUAAGUAUCGAUUUGUCGGCGAUAAUUUUGUGAUAUUUACCAUAAUUGACGAUGAACAAAUGUGGGUAUAAUUUGAUAUCCUAAAUGGAAGAUGCACAGCUCACUGUAUGUACCCAAGGCGAAGGGUGCUCUAGCAUCACCAAUUCCUCCGUAAUUUUCUUCCCCUCAAGAGUUUAGAGCGUGCUCAAGUGCUUGGUACCGACGAAGACAAACAUUCCCAUAGAAACAUCCGUCGCGAGGUAUCGCUCGGGAGGGUAGUCGCAGUCAUGAUUAAUCAAUGGUGGGAAGAUAUACUCCAUCGGUAAUACGCAAAGUAGUUAGGUUGUGCG